AUGGGAAUCAUCGACAUAUAUGGGUCAGGAGGAGUUGGGAAGACCACUCUGCUAACUGAAGUCAACAACAAGUUUGUCAAUACAACUCAUGAUUUUGAUGUUGUGAUUUGGGUAAACGUGUCCAGUAAUCUAGAUUUGAAUGAGGUUCAAAAUGACAUCGGAAAAAUGAUAGGACUUUAUGACGAGAUGUGGAAGAAUAAAAGACCAAAAGGAAAGAAAGAAGAUAUAUGUGGAGUGUUGAGCAAAAAGAAGUUUGUUUUGUUGUUGGAUGAUAUGUGGGAGUGCCUUGAUCUCUUAGGGGUUGGGAUUCCACUUCAAAACAAGCAAAACUCUAAGAUAGUAUUCACAACCCGUUCUAAAAAGGUGUGCGGCCAAAUGGACGCUCAGGAAACAAUUGAAGUGGAGUGUUUGCAGUGGGUGGAGGCUUGGGAUUUGUUCCAAAAGAAGGUUGGUGAAACGACCCUUAAAUCCCAUCUAGACAUACCUAAGUUAGCUAAACUUGUUGCCAAAGAAUGUGACGGUUUGCCGCUUGCACUUGUUAUUGUAGGUAUGGAAAACGAGGUGUUUUGUCCUUUACAUUUCAGUUAUGAUAGUCUACCUACUGACACAGUGAAAUCUUGUUUCUUAUAUUGCUCUUUGUACCCUGAAGACUCGGAUAUUAUUGUAGAGGACUUGAUAAACAAAUGGAUUGGUGAGGGAUUUUUAAAUGAAUGGAAUGACAAUGAAGAUGGAGCUGAAAACCAAGGGUAUGAUAUUAUUGACACCCUUCUUCAAGCAUGUUUGCUGGGAAAGAUGGCAUUGUGGAUAGGUCGUGAAUAUGAGAAGCAGAUCGACAAGCUUUUAGUGCGAGCAGGUGGGAGGGAGACUGAAGCACCAGAAGUUUCAAAAUGGAAAGAGGUAAAGAAGAUGUCAAAUAAAAUUGAGAGACUAAUAGGAACACCAAUAUGCCCUCAGCUCACAACUUUACUUCUGAAUGAAAAUCAGUUGGAGAUGAUCAGUAGUGGCUUCUUCCAAUCUAUGCAUGCUCUCAAAGUUCUAGACCAGUCAAGGAAUAGAAAUUUAGUUGAUUUACCAUUGGAAAUUGGUGAAUUGACUUCAUUGCAGUACCUUAAUAUAUCUAGCACAAGAAUAAUUCGGUUACCAGUUCAACUCCAAAACUUGGUAAACUUGAAAAUUUUGGAUAUGGAUGAUAUAUAUUGUAAUCAAACUUCAAUACCCCAAGUGAUAUCAGGUUUAUCAUUCUUGCAAGUGUUGAAGAUUGACAGUGUUUUCAUCGACAAUGAAGCUUUUGGUGGAGAAAUUGGAUGCUUUGAAAUUCUUAUAUCGAAUGGCAAUGAAAAAUGCCUCUGUUUUCCAAAUACUUAA